AUGGGUAGAAAAAUUGAAGAAUUAGGGCUUAGCGGGGAAAAGGACAAUUUUAUUCGCGCUCGACCAUCCGAGGGUUGGCCGGUCAUGGUCUGGUUUCACGGGGGUGACUUCAACACCGGCACGCCAGCCAUCUGGGACGCUUCCAUCUUCGUCUCCAAGCAGAAGAUCCUUGUCGUCACGGUUGCCUACCGGCUGAACAUCCUGGGGUUCUUCACAACAGCGGAUGGGGAAUCCCCGGGUAAUUAUGGCCUUUUGGAUCAAAUAGCCGCCCUCAACUGGAUCAAAGACAACAUCGAGCUGUUCGACGGCUCCUCGUCCAACAUCAUCAUUUACGGGCACAGCUCGGGUGCCAUAAGCGUCGGCCUGCACAUGAUGAGCCCACUCAGCCGAGGCAAGUUCGCCAAGGCCAUUGCCAUGAGUGGCGACGCCAUUAGCUCCGUGAGAAUGCCCCAAGAGGAAAUGACCGUCAUCGACGAGGUGGCCGACAAAUUCGGCUGCUACCGGAACACGGACGAUCUGAUGGAGUGCCUGCGCAACGUGGAGAUCGACACCCUAAUCCGCGAGACGGCGGACAUCGAGACCUGGGGGCCGAUCGUCGACGCCGACACGAACAACUGGACGGGCGGGCCCUUCCUGCCGAAGCACCCGCGCGACAUGGUCCAGGCGAACGAGAUCUACGCCGUGCCCCUCGUGGCCGGUUUCACGAGCAACGAGCAGGCGCUGUCCUACAUCGAGUCCAUCGGCAGCGAGAACGUAGACGGCAGACUGCCGAUGCACCAGUUCGAGAGCCUCAUUAGGGAGGAGAGCAGCGCGGCCGUCAUCGCCCCCGAGGAGAACAGCACCUGCGAACUGAAACCCGAACUCGUUACCGACGCCGUUCUGUUUUACUACAGGCCAUAUCCCCCUACCAAGGACCCGAAACAUCUCAGGGACCGCUUCCUCGAUCUGCAGACGGAGAAAAACUACGCUGCCGGUUUGACCCAGUUGGCGGAUAAAGUUUCCAGUCACUCCACACGAGCGCAGGCGUUCGUGUACAGGUUCGACUACCGAGCGCGCACCCAAGCCGUCACCCGGGACGUACCUGAUUGGGCGGGAGUACCGCACAUGUUCGAAUUGCCGUUCGUCUGGGGUCUGCCUUACGCGACCGGUACGAACAUUCAGUGGAACGCCGCGGACAAGAAAAUGACCGACCUCAUGAUGACGAUGCUCGCCACGUUCGCACGCACCGGCAACCCGUCCAUCAGCACCAUCAAGUGGGAGCCGUUCUCGGACAAGGACCCAGGCAUACUGAUCAUCGAAAGGAACAUCGAGAUGAGCGACUCCUCGGCCGUUGAUUACAAGGCCCUGGCGUUCUGGAACGAGUACUAUCCGAACGUUUUGAAUGCAGCGAUAAACAAUUGCUGCAACGCCACGAACGCGGUCUCCGCUUGGAGGCUCAUCGAGAUGAGGUCGACGAGCUUCGUGCUCGUCCUGCUUCUGAGCGCUCUUAGGUUGCUCGAUGAUCGACGACUCGUGUGAAACUUAUCGUUGCCGUUGAUUGAACGAUAUGAUGUCUACGAGGUGCGGGUGGACGCUUAUGUGUUUUUGGUACCUUGGGAGUGCGAUGAUUGUUUCUUUGAUUUGUAAAAUGUAUGGACCCUAGAAGAAAACCUGUUAAGUCACGUGACGCUACGCGUGAUUUUUUUUGGAAUAUGGAAUAUGACGUAUCG